AUGCCAGCAGCUUCAGCAGUUAAGUCCGCCAAAGACAGUGCCAGCAGCUUCAGCAGCCCCAUCCGCUCAAGACCGUGCCAGCUACAUCAGCAGUCCAAUCCGCAAAUGACAGUGCCAGCAGCUUCAGCAGUCCCAUCCGCCCAAGACAUGCCAGAAGCUUCAGCAGCCCCAUCCGCCCGAGACAGUGCCAGCAGCUUCAGCAGUCACAUCCGCUCAAGACAGUUCCAGCAGCUUCAGCAGCCCCAUCCGCUCGAGACAUUGUCAGCAGCUUCAUCAGUCCCAUCCGCCCAAGACAGUGUCAGCAGCUUUAAAAGUCCCAUCCGCCUAAAUACCAUUCCAGCAGCUUCAGCAGCCCCAUCCUCCCCAUACAGUGCCAGAAGCUUCAGCAGCCCCAUCCGCCCGAGACAGUGCCAGCAGCUUCAGCAGUCACAUCCGCUCAAGACAGUGCCAGCAGCUUCAGCAGCCCCAUCCGCUCGAGACAUUGUCAGCAGCUUCAGCAGCCCCAUCGGUCCAAGACAGUGUCAGCAGCUUCAGCAGUCACAUUCGCCUAAGACAGUGCCAGCAGAUUCAGCAGCCCCCUCCGCCAAGACAGUGUCAGCAGCUUCAGCAGACAUAUCCGCCCCAGACAGUGCCAGCAGAUUCAGCAGCCCCAUACGCCCAAGACAAUGCCAGCAGCUUCAGCAGUCACAUCCGCCCAAGACACUUCAGCAGCCCCAUCCUCCUAAGAUAGUGCCUGCAGCUUUAGCAGCCCCAUCCGCCCGAGACAGUGCCAGCAGCUUCAGCAGUCACAUCCGCUCAAGACAGUGUCAGCAGCUUCAGCAGCCCCAUCCGCUCGAGACAUUGUCAGGAGCUUCAGCAGUCCCAUCCGCCCAAGACAGUCUUCAGCAGCCCCAUCCUCCUAAGACAGUGCCUGCAGCUUUAGCAGCCCCAUCCGCCCGAGACAGUGCCAGCAGCUUCAGCAGUCACAUCCGCUCAAGACAGUGCCAGCAGCUUCAGCAGCACCAUCCGCCCCAUACAGUGCCAGCAGCUUCAGCAGUCCCAUCCGCCCAAAACAGUGCCAGCAGCUUCAGCAGUCCCAUCCGCAAAGGACAGUGCCAGCAGCUUCAGCAGCCCCAUCCGCUCAAGACAGUGCCAGUAGCAUCAGCAGUCCCAUCCGCCGAAGACGGUGCCAGCAGCUUCAGCAGUCACAUCCACCCUAGACAGUGCCAGCAGCUUCAGCAGUCACUUCCGCUCAAGACAGUGCCAGAAGCUUCAGCAGCCCCAUCCGCCCCAUACAGUGCCACCAGCUCCAGCAGUCCCAUCAGCCCAAGACAGUGCCAGCAGCAUCAGCAGUUCCGUCCGCACAAGACGGUGCCAGCAGCUUCAGCAGUUUCGUCCGCCCAAGAUGGUGCCAGCAGAUUCAGCAGUUUCGUCCGCCCAAGACGAUGCCAUCAGCUUCAGCAGUUAAGUCCGCCAAAGACAGUGUCAGCAGCUUCAGCAGCCCCAUCCGCUCAAGACAGUGCCAGCAGCUUCAGCAUUCCGAUCCGCAAAUGGCAUUACCAGCAGCUUCAGCAGUCCAAUCCGCCCAAGACAGUGCCAGCAGCUUCAGCAGCCCCAUUCACUCAAGACAGUGCCAGCAGCUUCAGCAGCCCCAUCCGCCCGAGAGAGUGCCAGCAGCUUCAGCAGUCACAUCCGCUCAAGACAGUGCCAGCAGCUUCAGCAGCCCCAUCCGCCCGAGACAUUGAAAGCAACUGCAGCAGUUACAUCCGCCCAAGACAGUGCCAGAAGCUUCAGCAGCCUCAUCCGCUCAAUACAGUGUCAGCAGCUUCAGCAGCCCUAUCCGCCCAAGACAGUGCCAGCAGCUUUAGCAGUCAUAUCCGCAUAAAUACCGUGCCAGCAGCGUCAGCAGUUCCAUCCGCCGAAGACGGUGCCAGCAGCAUUAGCAUUCACAUCCACCCAAGACAGUGCCAGCAGCUUCAGCUGUCCCAUCAGCCCAAGACAGUGCCUGCAGCUUCAGCUGUCCCAUCCGCACAAGACAGUGCCAAUAGCUUAAACAGUCCCAUCCACCCAAAACAGUGCCAUCCGAUUCAGCAGUCGCAUACGCCCAAUACAGUGCCAGCAGCUACAGCAGUCCCAUUCGCUCAAGACAGUUCCAGCUGCAUCAGCAGUCAUAUCCGCUCAAGACAGUGCCAGAAGCUGCAGCAGUCCAAUCCGCUUCAGACAGUGCCAGCAGCUUCAGCAGUCACAUCCGCCUAA